AAAUGAAAAAAGUCCUUUCAAUUUUAAUUUCAGAUUUGUUGCCAUAUUUUAACUCUAAAAGUUGAAAAAAGAAAGCUCCGAUCACUACACAAACAAGUCGACCGCUUCUUCCUGCUAUUUCGCCGAGAUUUGUCCAUGGCGGAGUCAUCGGGUACCACGCUCAUGGAUCUCAUAACCUCGGACGGUUCCUCGUCGAAGCCCACACCUGCGGCGUCGACCACGGCGCCGCCGCCAAUUGAUUCCGCGGCCUCAGUUGGCCCGCCGGUGGUGGCGGAACGGAAGUCGAAGAAGGGGACUCUGAUGCAGAUCCAGAGUGAUACCAUCUCUGCUGCCAAGGCUGCUUUCAAUCCAGUUCGCGCCAAUAUUAUGCCCCAAAGGCAAAAGAAGAAGCCAGUGUCUUAUGCCCAACUUGCAAGGAGUAUUCACGAGCUAGCAGCCUCGUCAGAUCAAAAAAGCUCACAGAGGCAAUUGGUGCACCAUGUAUUUCCAAAGCUUGCUGUCUACAACUCUGUGGACCCGUCUUUGGCACCGUCACUUUUAAUGCUUGACCAGCAGUGUGAAGAUAAGACUGUACUGCGGUAUGUUUAUUACUACCUGGCAAGAAUUCUAUCAGAUUCUGGUUCACAAGGUUUAAGCCCUGGUGGUGGGAUACCUACACCAAAUUGGGAUGCUCUGGCUGACAUUGAUGCAGUUGGUGGUGUGACGAGAGCUGAUGUUGUUCCCCGCGUAGUUGAGCGAUUAACUUCUGAAGCUUUAAAUGAAGAAGUUGAAUUUCAUCCACGUAGGCUGCAAGCGCUGAAGGCUCUUACUUAUGCUCCUUCAAGCAACUCAGAAAUCCUAUCCAAGUUGUAUGAAAUUGUGUUCAGCAUUCUAGAAAAGGUUGGUGAACCUCAGAAGCGAAAGAAGGGAAUUUUCGGAUUAAAGGGAGGUGAUAAGGAGUCGGUCAUCCGAAGCAAUCUACAAUAUGCAGCCAUAAGUGCUUUGAGAAGACUCCCUCUGGAUCCAGGAAAUCCUGCAUUUCUUCACCGUGCUGUACAAGGUGUUUUGUUCUCUGAUCCAGUAGCAGUCAGACAUUCCUUGGAAAUUCUAUCUGAAUUAGCUUCGAAAGAUCCUUACGCAGUUGCAAUGGCAUUAGGAAAGCAUGUCCAACCUGGGGGGGCUUUGCAGGAUGUACUUCAUUUGCAUGACGUUCUUGCUAGAGUUGCACUUGCUAAGUUGUGUCAUACGGUGGCCAGAGCUCGAGUUCUGGAUGAACGUCCAGACAUCAAGUCUCAGUUUAAUUCUGUACUCUACCAACUUCUCUUGGAUCCCAGUGAAAGAGUUUGUUUUGAGGCUAUACUUUGUAUCCUGGGUAAAUUUGAUAACUCAGAAAGGACUGAAGAAAGAGCUGCCGGAUGGUAUCGAUUAAGUAGAGAAAUUCUCAAACUUCCAGAUACACCUUCUAUGAGAGACUCGACUUCUGAUGAAAAAGAUGCUGCUCCAUCGAAGGCCACCAAAGAUAAAUCUGCAAAGACUAGGCGUCCUCAACCACUGAUCAAACUUGUCAUGCGGAGAUUGGAAAGUUCUUUCCGGAGUUUCUCUCGGCCUGUAUUGCAUGCAGCAAGCAGAGUUGUCCAGGAAAUGGGAAAAAGUCGUGCUGCUGCUUUCGCAUUAGGGCUGCAGGAUAUAGAUGAAGGAGCAGAAGUUAAUACUUUCUCUGACAACAAUGACUCAUAUGAUCCAGAUAUAAAUCCAACUGCACCAUCUGAAGGUCGCAAAGCUCCCUCAGUUUCUAAUGGGAUUGGUUCGAAGGAUACAAUUGCAAGUUUGUUGGCUUCACUAAUGGAGGUCGUGCGAACAACUGUUGCGUGUGAAUGUGUUUAUGUGCGUGCAAUGGUGAUUAAAGCUCUGAUAUGGAUGCAAAGUCCAUAUGAAUCUUUUGAUGAACUGGAAUCUAUAAUCGCUUCUGAGCUCUCAGAUCCGUCUUGGCCAGCAACUUUGUUAAACGAUAUAUUGCUCACAUUGCAUGCUCGUUUUAAGGCCACACCAGAUAUGGCAGUCACCCUUCUUGAAAUUGCUAGAAUAUUUGCGACUAAAGUUCCAGGGAAGAUAGAUGCUGAUGUUCUUCAGCUACUUUGGAAAACUUGUCUUGUUGGAGCUGGAGCGGAUGGAAAACACACAGCCCUAGAAGCUGUCACAAUAGUUCUCGACUUACCACCCCCUCAGCCUGGCUCAGUUUCGGGAAUUACCUCAAUUGAUAGAGUAUCUGCCUCGGAUCCUAAGUCCGCACUUGCUUUGCAAAGAUUAGUUCAAGCAGCAGUUUGGUUCCUUGGUGAAAAUGCAAAUUACGCUGCCUCUGAAUAUGCUUGGGAGUCAGCAACCCCACCUGGUACAGCAUUGAUGAUGCUGGAUGCAGAUAAAAUGGUUGCUGCUGCAAGCUCCCGUAAUCCGACACUAGCUGGCGCUCUAACUCGCCUUCAAAGGUGUGCUUUCAGUGGCAGCUGGGAGAUUCGCAUUGUUGCUGCUCAGGCUCUUACAACUAUGGCAAUCAGAUCUGGUGAGCCUUAUAGGCUCCAGAUCUAUGAAUUUUUGCAUACUUUGGCUCAGGGUGGUGUGCAAUCUCAGUUUUCGGACAUGCAUUCUAGUAAUGGUGAAGAUCAGGGAGCAAGUGGUACGGGCCUUGGAUCUUUAAUAAGUCCCAUGCUUAAAGUCCUUGAUGAAAUGUAUAGUGCGCAAGAUGAACUCAUAAAGGAGAUGCGCAAUCAUGACAAUGCAAAGAAAGAAUGGACGGAUGAGGAACUUAAGAAGCUGUAUGAGACUCAUGAGAGGUUGCUAGAUCUUGUCUCACUUUUUUGCUAUGUUCCAAGAGCAAAAUAUCUCCCUUUAGGCCCAACAAGUGCUAAGCUCAUUGAUAUCUAUCGCACUCGGCACAAUAUAAGUGCGUCAACGGGCCUCAAUGACCCUGCUGUUGCCACGGGGAUUUCUGAUCUUAUUUAUGAAACUUCCAAGACAAGGGUUCCUGAUCUUAUCUAUGAAACGGUCAAAACAAAGUCAGCUUUGCCAGAUGCACUUGAUGAUGACCUUGUUAAUUUUUGGGCUGCAAAUCUUGCUGAUGAUGGGGCACCUGCUAUGAACAGGGUCAAUGAAUUUCUUGCUGGUGCUGGUACAGAUGCCCCUGAUGUAGAAGAAGAGAACAUAAUUUCCAGACCUUCUAUGAGUUACGAUGAUAUGUGGGCUAAGACUCUAUUGGAAACGACAGAAACGGGGGAAUAUGAUGCAAGAUCAUCUGGUUCUUCAUCCCCAGAGUCAGUAGGAUCUGUUGAAACAUCCAUAUCCUCCCACUUUGGAGGAAUGAAUUAUCCAUCAUUAUUCAGCUCAAAAGCAUCUACUAAGCAGGAAAAGCCAGGUGCAAGUAGAUAUGGUGCAUAUGAAAGUCCUGGUUCCCCGAUAAGAGAAGAACCUCCACCUUAUUCAUCACCUGAUCAUCGAAGAUAUGAGUCAUUUGAGAAUCCCUUAGCUGGGUCUGGGUCUGGAUCUGGGUCACAAAGUUUUAGUGAUGGACGACCAUCUUCAGGGAAUCCACAAUUCGGGACAGCACUUUAUGACUUCACAGCUGGUGGUGACGACGAGCUAAGCAUUACAGCUGGUGAAGAUUUAGAGAUAGAGGAUGAAGUAGAUGGCUGGUAUUCUGUCAAGAAGAAACGUCCAGGGAGAGACGGGAAACUGGCCGGGCUGGUUCCUGUGCUGUACGUCACUCCAUCUUGAUGCUAGCAAAGAAUUCUUUCUUGUAGUCGGUAAAUAAGAGUAUAUGGCAUGGGUAGAGGAUAGGAAACCACAUGUAGUUUGCGAUAUUGUGUGCGUAUCCACUUUGUGAUCAGAUGAGUAUCAGCCUGCAGAUUGUUUCGAGAAUUCUACAUUUACUGCUUCAGGCUGCGAAUCAUGUUGUUUAAUCCGAUCCUUUCCUGUAUUGGUUGAGAAGAUAACUUGUGGGAAGGGCUGAUUUGUAGAUGAGGGAUUAGUAUACCGACUUUCUUUCAUCCUCCCCGUUUGUAGUUGAAGGGUGGUUAAUUUGCAAGUCCAUGUUGUUUGUUACCUUAUGGUUGUUUGUAUGUGAUGUAUGAGCAUGAUGAUAUUUAUUGGAGAUAAAAUACUAGGUACUUCCAUUUUUGCAAA